AGUUUUGAAUAGUCACCACCUGUUCUUUUGCCUCCAACUGCAAAUAAUUUGUAAAACAAAUUGAAGACUCUCUUUUCUGUAUACCCAAUUAAAUUUUUUGACAACGACGACUCUUUUUUGCAACUGGCAACUCCCACUUUCCUUAAAGUUCUUUAUCAAUCAUGAACGUAAUAAUACUUGCUGCAGGCUAUGGAACAAGACUUCAGAAUGAUAUUAUUAAUGACAAAACUGGUAAAUAUUCGAAUUUAUUAGAUGUACCAAAACCGUUACUCCCUAUCAAAAACGAUCAACCUCUCCUGUCGCUUUGGAUGGAAAUAAUUAAUGAAGUUGACAUUAUUAAUAAGGUUUACAUUGUAAUAAAUAGAAAGUACGAAGAUCAAUUUAGGCUGUGGGCAAAAGAUCAUCCAAAUAUAAUAUUAGUUGUGGAAAAUAGUUGCUCCAACGAGGAUAGAAGUGGAGCAGUUAAAUGUAUACAAUUAGCAUUGGAUUCGAUGGAAGAAUUAACAGAUGUCAAUGUUCUAGCAGGAGAUACACUCUUCAUGAAGGAUUUUUCACUUUCAAAAGCUAUUUGUCUUUUUAAGAAUAUAUCUGGAAAUAAAGAUAUAUCUCUCAUCUCGUAUUACAAUUGUUCAGACAACGAUGUCUCUAAAAGAGGAAUUCUAGAGGUCGACGACUCUGGUCACGUGCUGCAGUUUUUGGAAAAGCCAAAACCUUCAGUUACAACUUCUAGAAAAGCUGUAAUAUAACCAAAUCACUUAAAAUAUUAGAAAAUUCUUAGUAAACGUAAAGUAGGUAACCUAAAUCAAAAAUUUCAGUGUCCUUGUUUUUAUCUCCUGCAUCGAAAUCAUACAAAACUAAUUCAAAAAUUUCUGCACGAAAAGAGAGUAAGGGCUGUUUUCUGUUCUUUCUUAGAAGAGAGUACAGCUAUUUGAUUUUCCUUUAGCAUGAAGAUAUUUCAAAAAGAGACGCUCCCGGAAACUUUAUACCAUUUUUAAUAGAAAGGUAAAAGAAAUAAGGAUAGUAGACUUUUAAAAGAAAAGAUCCAUUUUAACUAAUCUUUCAGAGAGGAAGUUAACGCUUUUGAAAUUGGUGGAAGAUUCGAUGUUGGCGGAUUAGAGUCUUAUAUUCAUUGUAGAGAUUAUUUUACUAAUCGAUAAAUAAAUAGUUUAUAUAGUAAUAAAAUAGUAAUUACAACAGAAAAA